CAAUUAAGAAAACCGAACCAAAACGUUCAUUUACCUUUUCUAUUCUUUCAGGAAGAUGUCCUGUGGAUUUCAUUUACAACAGUUAUCUUGCUAGUAACAAUGAUUUGGGUGUCACGUCUGAUAUUAAUUAUAGGCAGUGUUUCUACAAAUGUGAAGCAGAACCAACCUGUCAAUCAUUUGACUACAACUUUAAUACGAAUGUUUGCUACAUGUCAACUUAUAACCAUACUAACGGAGUUUUGCGUUGCAUCAGAAAUGACGUUUACAUUGAAAUAAACAGAAAACUUUGGAAUGAACUUAACCAGCCCCUUACACUGGAGAAGAUUAACUCCGUGGGAUGUGAUAUAAGUGUUUUCGGCUCUUAUUAUUUCGUUGACAAAAAAGAAAUUAAUGGCCAGACAGCUUAUUCAACUUUUUCCUUCAAACCAAAUCCAUAUCACAACCUUGUAACCGAGGCUCAAAUGGAUGCCCGAUCGGUCUUGGAUUGUUCACAUUUAUGUACGGUAUCUUCUACAUGUACCGCCUUUUCAUAUACUAACACUAAGUGCCAACUAAAGAAACUUGACCUUUAAUGGAAUUCACCCCAAAAUUAUUUACUUCUCAAUGAAAUGUGAGCAAGACUUCAACGGAUCACAUUUGCUAAUAAUAAUUAUAUCAGAUAAAAUGUGUGUUUCUUUAUCAAUAAAAUCAACUUAAUUAUGA